UUGGCUUAAUUCUGUUUCACCCUCCGCCAAGUGAACAAGUUGCGCGUUUUUUUCGGGCCGUUCGAUUUUCUUUCAUUUCCGUUUAGUUUUUGUUUUCGGUUCUUUGAGUUCCUGUUAGAAAUCUUUAGUUUACGCUACCUUUGUGCUUUUCUUUGAAACAUUAUCCCGACGCCUGGAAGGUGCUUAUGUAUCCUGGAACUGGUGGACAGUCGGUAAUAUUGCGCUACGAAUUUACAGACUAAGUAGGAAAACAAUUGUACUGACAAAUCGGUUUCUUUUCACCUCUCGAUUAAAUGUGAAUAACGUAUAACGUGCAUCAAAAACGACAAGUGUGAUUCAAACUAAUAUUACGCUUAUGAUUUUACGUCGUUUUAUUUUAGUGACACUUUGAGGUUUAUUCCUAUGAAAACCGAUGACUCAAUAUGCGCUGUUGAGUUACGUAAACUUUCCAUGCAGUGAUAAAAAGCAGAAGAAGCUAUAGAACGUGCAAUCGAGGAUGCGGAAAAUAGUGCAAAUGUAAAUUAAAAUAAGAAGCGCGCAGAAUAUAGCAACCGCAAACCAAAAAUAGCAAUAUUUAUGACUUUUGUUUGAAGCUUAUUUAUUAUUGUAGCAAACAGUUUUUUCAUUUGAAUUGCAAAACCCUAGCGAAGGUACGUCACGAGCGAAGAAAAGCAUCCGCUAAAUCAACGGAAACGGGAUUUAUCACGCCAGCCAAUAUUGUCUUUUCCGGCUUACACAAAGACACAUACACACACACAUAUACCAAUCAAGCAACCAACUUCACACGAGAAGCUAGGCGAAUAUCAACAGUAUUACUAUCGUAUAAGUCUAAACCAAGGAAGAAGCAGUUGAAACCUGACGUAGAAAUACAAUAAAUUUUAAAUCGCUGCAUAGGAGCAGAUUUUUAGCAAUCGUGCACCUGUGAACCAAAUAGUAACGGAAAAGAGACUAUACAUAUACAUAUACGCUCGAUCUGCACUUUUUACAAGUGCCAAAGAACCCAGGUUCUUUUACUAUUAGUACCAGAACAACUAUCCGAACCCGAGUGCAUCCCGGAGAGCGCCGGACCGGCAUGAUGACGAACGGCAUUGCGGAUAACCAGCAGAAUGGAGGUGGAGGCCAGGAAGACUCGAAGACCAAUCUCAUCGUCAAUUAUCUGCCACAGCAAAUGACCCAGGAGGAGAUCCGGUCGUUAUUUUCCAGUAUUGGUGAGGUCGAGAGCUGCAAACUGAUUAGGGAUAAAGUUACGGGUCAAAGUUUAGGCUAUGGCUUCGUAAACUACCAGCGCGCGGAGGAUGCCAGCAAAGCGAUCAAUACACUAAACGGCCUAAGAUUGCAAAAUAAACAGAUUAAGGUAUCAUUUGCACGACCAAGUUCCGAAGCAAUAAAAGGGGCGAACCUAUACGUAUCCGGGCUACCAAAGAAUAUGCUGCAAGCGGAUCUGGAAUCGCUGUUCAGUCCGUACGGACGAAUAAUCACCUCCCGCAUACUGUGUGACAAUAUAACGGCACGUCAGUAUGGUUCAGCUUCUGGAGAAACUUCACCCGGUCUUUCUAAAGGGGUUGGAUUUAUUCGUUUUGAUCAGCGCAUGGAAGCCGAAAAGGCAAUCAAAGAACUGAACGGGACGAUACCGAAAGGAUCUACCGAACCGAUCACAGUUAAGUUUGCCAACAAUCCUAGUAACACCAAAACCGUCCCUCCGUUGGCUGCAUAUCUUGGACCACAAGCUGCCCGUCGCUUUCCCGGGCCAAUCCAUCAUCCGACAGGGCGAUUCAGUGCUAUUCCCAAUUACAGAUACUCACCACUGGCAGGGGACCUACUAGCGAACACGAUGAUUCCGACUAAUGCCAUUGCCAACGGAUCCGGCUGGUGUAUUUUCGUGUAUAAUCUGGCACCGGAAACGGAAGAGAACGUAUUGUGGCAGUUGUUCGGACCAUUCGGAGCAGUGCAAUCGGUGAAAGUCAUCAAGGAUUUGCAAACCAACAAGUGCAAGGGGUUCGGUUUCGUAACUAUGACUAACUACGACGAGGCGGUUGUUGCUAUUCAAUCCUUGAAUGGUUACACCCUCGGUAACCGGGUGCUACAGGUCAGCUUCAAGACCAACAAGUCCAAGAAUGCGUAAGAUGCUAGUCAACGGUUGCUGCUAGCGAUGAGCAGAUCCGACUGUUUUCAGUUUCGUUGAAGAUAUAUGUUAUCAACAAGUGUUUCAAGCGAUAAUUUCUUUUUGAACCAAUCGACACUAAGUUAUCUGAAGAAAAAUGUCAGUAUUCGUACUUAAUGUGAAACGAGAAAAGCUUUAAAGCCUUUCGGUUUUAUAAAGAGAGAAUGCGAAUGAGUUUAGCUAACUAAACCAGAUCAAAUGGAAAAUUUUCCAAAGGUAGCGAACAAGAAAGCUAAAAUUGUGACCCAACUUAUGGCCAACGAAUGUGUGAUUGCAAUACUUUGCAACAAUGAUUCCAAGAUUUUUUAGCCCAAACCUAGAGACUUUCAUUGGAAGCACUUUUCGGAUUUUAAAUCAUGGGUAUCGAUCGGUAUGCAUAAGUGUUUAGAAAGUUUGUAGUUUAUACAUACAGUUUACAAAAAAAGAGCUUAGGAAAUCUGAAACAACAGCAGUAUAAAACUAAUUCAUUUAUUGGAUAGUGUGUUUUGUUUUUUUCGAAUUUGCUUCUGGAAUUUUAUUUGUUGGCUUUCGGUUGGUAUUCUCUUAAUUUCAGUUACUUAUGUGCUGUUAUAGGACAACUUCAGUUAGUAUGUUUUGUUAGGUUAACUGGUGAAAUUAGUGUAGCGGAUGUUUUAUUUGACGUUUUAAUGCAUUUUGUUCUUCUGUCACAUAUGAGUUAUUAUUGUAUUUGUUUGAUUGUUAUGGAUAAUAAAGUAUCAAAAUAGAUGCAAAACAUCAACAGUAGGGGAAGCGAGAAGAAAUUAUUCUAUCUCAAUACGAUUAAGGGUAUGAACGAAACCGAUUGAAUUCGAUUCUAGUCAGCAAAAAUAAUUUAUUAGUAUUUGAAUGUAAAGCGGUUGAAAAAAAUUUUUUUACAGCUUUCAUCGGUUUUUUUUUGUGUAACUGUAAUCAUACCUGCACUUUAUCACACUAUUAUGAUUAUAUAUUUAUUGGGUUUAAUUUUUAAGUUUGAGGUAUCGUUUGUUUUCCUCUUUUGCACUAUUCGUUCAAAAAAUUAUAACGAUCGAAAGAAAUACACUAUACAAAAGUUAAACAUGUUGAGUUUCAUUCUAUUCUUCGUUAUUUUUUUCCUUUUGUUUAUGCAAAAUUCUAAUGGUUUUGUCGAAAUUUGACUUAUGGACAGAUCCAUAAACUAUACCUUUCAAAAAAGGAUUGAGACCCUUAUGCCUAACGUACGUUGAUUAUGCGAGUCGAAAUAAAAUGAUAAACAUAUUUGUGCAAUUGAUUGCUGACGUCAUACCAUGCCCCACUGUUUGCAUUACUUCAAACGAAUAUCGCAGCAGGUACGAGGUAAAAUCGAUUAAAGCUUCGAAAAAGUCUUAUGUUCAAUGAAAUUCGUCCAUAAGUGGAAAAAGAGACUACAACAUUAGAAUGAACAACUUUUACAAUUGAGAUUUUUAGCAUUGUUUGGAGAGUUUAUUGAAAGUUUUUUUUUGGAAACGAAAAUUUGCCAUUUUCCCGUUAUUUCAUUUGAAAUUUUUACAAUUAUUACACAACAUUUGAAAACACAAAGAAAAAACUAACUAGCAGCCCAAGUAUCGUUCGUGUGCAUCACUGGCAAGCAUUAGAAAUCAACAACAGUAACAAUAACACUUUCAGACAAGAUAGAAAUCACCAAAAUCAUAAUAACAUAGAGGUUGUGCUAGUUUACUAACCGUCGCGAUGGCAUUCGUGCUUGUGAAACAGGUAGGUUAUGUGUCAAAAACUAUACCAGACGUACAUUCCACAUCUAGAGCUAAGCCGAACGAAACAACUCCUGAGGAAUACAGAACAAAUAAUUGCUUUGCGUUUCCUAGGACUUCCUGGUCACUUAAAAAUUUUAUCAUAUUCAGCUAGUACUUCGAUUACUCUAUGAGUACUACUAUAUAAUGAAUUGAAUAUUAUAUUUAUCACUCCGAAUCAACUGAACAAAAAAAAUGAUGAAGAAACCAAAGUCAGAUAUUUACAUGCAGAUAGAAUAUAACACGUUCAACAUAACGUAUAUAAUUACUUGUCCUUCUUAAAAUAUUAUAAAUUAAUUUGGUGUUGUUCUGAGCAGUUGUAUCAUUAUAAAACUUAUCAACGUCUAUUAACAAAACAAAACGAAAAAUAUUAACGUAUUUAAAUUUUUCCAUAAUUAGUAGCGAAUCAAGUGAAGAGAUGUGAAGGAAUAUACAUUCUUAACCAGCUUUUGUUAAGUGAACAUUCUUACAAGUAUUAACCUAAUUGCUAGACAAAAUGAAUCAAACGGUGCACUCUCCUACAUUUAUCGGAUCGAAUCUAGUCACACAGAGCAGAGCACUUCACCAGAUCGAAUAGUUUCUGUGUCAAUUUGGUUCCAUAAUAAUCGUCUGUUUAUUUUCUUCGACCAGCAAGUAAUUGAGUUUGAGAAGAACUUUAAUAGGUAGAACCUUUGGACAAACAGGCUUAAAUUACUCGUAAAGCAUCCUUUUUCGUGUUUUCUAGAUAUCAAAUAACAACUAUAGUGAAAAAUCGAAAGUGAAUCAAACCAAAAUGAGAAAUCAACCGAGAUUGUAUAAAAUGUGAUCCCACCAAGAUAAAAUUAAUACACUACAAGAACAAGAGAAGAAGUACUACAAUUUAUUAGGUAAAUUACAAUAAACAAAAAAAGACAAGUAAACGUUUUAGAUCGUGAGCAUUUAGAUAAGGAUAAAAGCGAUAUAUUAUAGAAAAGUGGAAAUUAAAAACACGUUAACAUUUUUGAUAUUGAUAGACAAUUGAACAAACUACUAGUACUCCUAGCAAUCGAGUUUUAUAUUCCAAACACAAAAAAACACCUAUGGAUGCUGGAAUCAUAAUCGAUCGCUGGACUCCUAAAUACAACCUAACAGAUAGAUAUACGGAGCGUUCUAGCAAUUAGGGAAGCAAAAUUCGCAGCAUUUCGAAAAUAUGACGUUGGAUGUUUACGUGUUACUUAAUUCAGGCGUUGCGUUAUUUAUGUCACAAACUGUAUUAUUCUGUACGCAAUGAGCAUCGGAGAGAGCCCAUGCCGUUGGGUUAUAAUCGAAAAAAAAAAAAAAAUUAGGCAAAACUAAAUCUCAUAAGAUAGGUAAACAGCUAAUGUGCUCAAUCUCGGUCAAUGCAUACCGUAUGUGUACAUGUUUUAUACGUUCCGUGUUGCAUGUUUUUCAUUGUCAAAGUAACUCUUUUCAUUGGUUGUGUGAAGAUGCCCGUCAAGCAAUAAAGCAUACUUAUCGAAUAUUAACGUAUGCAUGAUAAGAGGACCCAGUACCCAUAUACUAUAGAGUAUUGUUGAUUCUUUAAUUUCGUAACAGUUUUUUUUUUUGCUUUGAAGUGUCAUGUUGAAUGUCGAGUUUUUGCCGAAAAAAAUUGGCUUGUUUUCCUGUUAGUGAAUCUCAAUUUUGAUAAUGAAACUCAAUUUUGAUCAUCCAUAUUCAACAGUUAUGUAACUUGCAUAAUAUUUCAUUAAACUAAGAAAGUUCAUUUUUAUACUCCAAAUACCAUUGAUUUCAAUUGUAUCCAACAAAUUAAAUACGAUUUUUAUCAUUUCACGUCACGGUGAAAUUCUUUUUGACUUUGAUAAAACCAAAACAGCACUGUAUUUUAAUAACUUCCAUGACGUUCAAUAGGGAACUAGUUAUUUUGUUUUUUUUUUUUUUUUGAUAUCAUACUCAACUAUUGUUCCGCUUAAUUGAAUCGUAUGCCUGUUUAAAGCCUACUUCCUUCACCAUUCAACAGUUCGCAUUGCAAAUCACAACUAGAUUCACCGCGCACGUUUUCUUUCCUGCCAUUACACUAGUAAAAAAAUCAUCAUACGGAUUCGCACCAACUUGGCCAAGUACAACGCCAAGUAUUCAAUGAAAUAGUGUGGGAUUAAAAGAUGAUAUUUUAGACAUUAUGGCAUACUUUGACUAUCCUUAAUCGAUCUGAACUUACUUCUGAAACAUAAAUAUGUGAUUUGUGGGUAACUCUUGGAAACAUUUGUUAUCCUGAAAAAAUCAUUUGAAAUUCAACAGUUCUUCUCGCAAAGCCUAUUAAUUUAUUUCCAAGAUAGAUACUGUAGAAUGGGUGACAUAAAUCAGCUAAACAAUCCCGAUAAAAUGUACUGAAUAAAAAAAUAUGGAUUUUACAACACUAGAUAGGGUUUACAUGUGCCCUAAAAUAACUUUCACGAUACGGGGCGAUUUUCCUCAACCAUUUGCGAAAGUGUGGUAUCCAAGUCCCUGCUCUCAUCUUCGCCGCUUUCUGAAACGAUUAUUUGUCUUUUUCUUCCUGGCAGCCGUUUUUCUACGAUAGUGAACUUUUGGAGUCUAGUUGGCUGCUUUCAUCGUUCUUCGUCUCGCCAUUGCUUCUGCUACUUUGUUUAUUUGUAUCGGCUGUUGGUUUUAUCUCGGCUUGCGUUUCGCCGUUUCGCCAUUCCUGUGCAGAAUAUUCCAACAUGUACUUUUUAGUGCAAAAUUGCCAGUUUUGAAGUAGAAUACUUCUCUCAGGAAGUUCGGCUAUAUAGGGAUGUGAAAUGAAAAUCUAAAACCGAAAAAAGUGAAAAAAUUUGUCCAAUUUCAAAUGCUAAUAAAUCAGUUAGUGUUCGAUGGAUUUCCUUCGUUCUUGUAGCAAUAGAUUGAAAAAUCUUCUAAGAUUCUUCCCAAAAGAAGAUAAUUGUAUUUUUUUUAUUCACACUAUUGUACUAUUGAAAAUAGUCAAGUCUUGUCAAAAUUCGACCUCUGAUUGGUCGUUAUAUGAUUGCUUCCCAAGUAAGAACGACAGAAUCAUAUACCUUGCAAUUGAAAACAUGCUAUUUGGCCUAUAUAAGAGCCUGUUUCAGGCGAAGCCGCUCAUAAUAGUUCUAGACAGCGACAACAGCAGUCGUCCUUCCUUAGCAGCAGCACUAGCCCUGUGGUUGGUCACCACGUCUCAGGAGCAGCGCGGUUCUUCUCAGCGUGUGUCGCCAAACUGCCAUCAUUCCCUCCGUGUUGGGGCAGCAUGAAGAUUGCCAUCAGGAAAUCCAAUUUUGAAAAUCAAAAUGCCUUUUUCAAGGCAAAUAAACAAGUCAUUGAAAGUUAAUAAUUUUUGACAACGCAAGCAAGCAUUCUCUGUUGGAUCCUAGCAAUUUAAAUCUGUCGCACCCGUCUAAUUUACUGAAUAUGAAAUAGCUUCCACAGUGCAUGUUGUCCGUGCAUUUUAAUUCCCCCACUGUUAGGGCAGCUCAAAGGUUGCGAUCAGCAACCGAUUUUGAACCGCAAAAUGCCUUUUUCAAGGCAAAUAAACAAGAAAUGGAAGCUUAAUAAUUUUCAAAUUCAGUUGUAGUUGUCUAAUUUUUACUUUAUCGAGUUAACCCCCACUGUUGGGGCAGCGCAAAGGCUGCGAUCAGCAUAACCGACUUGAAUAACAAACUGCCCUGUUAGAACGCAUUCACAAAAGCAGUUAGUUCGAUUAUGCAGAGCUAACAUGAAGUCGAUUCUUUCAAACAGCUUGAACAGAAUUUCGUCGUCUCCCAGCUGCUCAGUUGCAACAUGAUGCAACACGAAAUAGCGAGCAAAUGAAAUUGCUCACUGUUACAAACCGCAACACGAUACGUGUGAAAAUCGUUGCGUGUGUGAAAGCACCAUCGGUGUUUAUUCGCUGGGUACGAAUAUCAUAUGCGAAUUGUGGAAUAAUUCGUCUGAAGAACAUUAGAGAAUGGAAAAACUGAACUCAAAGGCGUGGCCUAUUUCGUAGUACCCUUCGGCUAUAAAAGAGUGUUUCUGGGAAAACUAGCUACAUUCAUUAGUCGGAAGGUGAGCUGGAUGGACCGUCCACAACGUUGACAGCAGAUAUCAGCACUCAGCAGUAACAGAGGAUAUCAGCGGGUUGCGCCUGUGGCUACCUUCAAAUUAAACAAAUUACUUGCCCUGUGGUUGGUCACCACGUCUCAGGCCUCUGCCAGGCUGACUUUCGUAUGAUAGCGGCGGUAUUAGCGGUAGAUGCAUUUGCCAACACUUACUCCAGUAAAGCCGUGUCUAAUUUUCAAUGUGAAAACACCUUUCUAUUGUGUUGGCCGUGCGCAUUAGGCCUCUGCCAGGCUAAACGCGAAAAGCGGCGCGAUCUGAUUCGUCCGGCCGUAGGUUAAUGUACAGCCGUAAGUAGAGCUGUGUAAAAGUAUUCUACUUCAACCUUGCGGUCGUGGCUUUGCACACAACCCUCCUGUGAUUUUUUUUCUGGUCGGUAUAUGAAACACGACUCAGAAAAGACUAAAAAAUUACCAACUCAAAUUUGAUGUAGCUGGGAAUUGGUUGAUGCAAGCUCAUUCGCAAGAGAACGCAAUACCGAACUGUAUCGCCUUGCCCAGGUUGAAAUCUAGUAUCAUAUUAUCUCUGAGGAUUUUUUCCAUCUCUAGAAAUUGGAGGCCGUAUAGGGCAUACUCGAAAAUUAGCCAAGACGGACACUAUUUUUGAAAGAGCGUCAAUAGCUUCUACUAUUCACACUCGACGAGGAAAAAAGCAGUGAAUAUCAGCAAAAAGGCACAACGAACAGCAAUUUCGAUCAACCAAAGGAUAUCGAAUGUCAAUUAUUGUUCUCGAGGUCAAAAGAACUUCCUUUUCUUUUGGCUGGAAGACGAACACCAACCUAUUUCUAGAUACGUCCGAUUGAUCUGAAAUCAUUACUAAAUUCCUUCUACAUCAAUGAUAUGAAGUUAAUUGUAAAAAAGUUGAAACUAAAAAUAAGACAUCAUCUCUUAAGAAGAACUUUGUCUUACAUUUUUCCAACACCUGCAAGUUUUGGCAAAAAUAUUUAAAGUAAAAAUAAACUUUGAUAUUUCUUUGCGAAAAAAAAUCGGAAGUAUUGUGUGCAAAACCAUGACAGCAAGGUUGACGUUGAUCUACAUAAAACUGUUUGUGACAUUGCUUGCAGUGUUUAGACGUAUCAAUAGCUCACAGACAAUAGGAUGGUAUAGUGUAAAGUCGUAUGUGCCGUGUGCCGUUUUUUUCGAAAGGUGGCUGGGAAAUCUGCAAGCAGACACCUGAAAUUAGGAGAGUGACGCUGGUGUAGUUACACUCCCACAGACACCCACCUACUCGGCCUAUUCCGGACCUACUAAAACCUCUCCAGUCUCCAGUUAUUUGUGCUUUUUGCUUUUUACUUUAUAAUCCCUAGCUAACUACCUGGAGACUGGUAAUUAGCUACCACUGGCGUGUUGGUGGUUGACCCGCCACACGAGUUGCAGCUCCAGGACAAUCAGAGAGGCGGCUGCACCAACCGCGCUCCAGAUGUCCAGGUGGUCGCACAUCGCUUCACCAUGGUCCCACCCGACCGAACCGGAUACCCCCGGAAUAAGUUAGUGCGUUCAUCUACCCUUUAGUUUGCCACGGUAACCCGAUCAGAAGAGCAUAACUAAAGAAUUUCAAAGUUCUAUCUACACGAGAUACAAAUAACAUAUUUUGACACGAUUCACUAUUUUCCAAUAUGUUUUAGAUAACAAAAGUUAAUCUGAAAUAAAUAUGAUAACAAAUCCUGAAAGGAAGUUGUUCUGAACCAAAUCUUCCAAAUAUUUCGUCUCUAUCAAAAGCUGUUGUUUCUAACAAUGGUUGUUAUCAACUUGUUUGAUAUGCCAUCUUAUUUUGUUAGAAAGAUGAUGCGUUAGUAACAAAAUUUGAUACUAGUAGAAUCAUUUUUGUUAUAAUUUCUGUUAUUUUCACACCUAACGGGAUAAAAAAACACAACCUGUAAAGUGUUUGGCUUAACUAACCAACAGCUUCUGUUUCAUUUUUGUUUUGCCUUUUUGAUCGGGAACUGCUAGUACCUAGAGCUCUGAACCACACUGGUCCACAAUACCUGAGUAUGGACGAAACCACGCUGGCAAGAAGUUUUCGCUUGCUGCCAUGCACCGCUGAGCUAUUGGACAUCAUACGCGAUAGUGCUGCAAUUUCCGAUGACGCCCUUCUGCAGGCAUAGACGACGUGGCUCCCAAACGUGGGAUUGUCGUCGACCAUAACCCCCAAGAGCUUUAGAGAUUGCUUCGAGGUGAUAGUGUUGUCUUCGACUCUGUCACCGUCUGUUGCUCCGGUUGACGGUUGUUCACGGCCGUGACCACCGUCUCAUCAUGCGCUAGCUCCAGUUUCCUGGAGUGCAUCCUUGCGUAUACGGUGCGCGGCCGUCAUCUCGACCUCCUCGAUCGACUCGCCGUAGACCUCAAGCGUUAUGUUCUCUGCAAAGCCGACAAUCACACUACACGUGACUUGAGUUUCGACACACCGCCAUACAGGACAUUCCACAACACCGGGCCCAGGAUAGAACCUUGCGGGACUCCUGCGGAGAUUGGGAUGCAUUUUGAUCCUCGAUCGAGUUAUAAACAAGUACUCGAUUCUGGAAGUAAUUUGCCAGAAUCUUGUACAGCGACACAGGUACAUGGAUGCUCCUUAGCGCUAUGAAGUCCCAACUGGCGCUAUUGAAUGCAUUCUUCACGUCAAGCAUGACAAUUGCGCAAUAGCGUAUGCCCCUUCUCUUGCGCUGGAGUUCUACCUUCUUCUACUUGGUGACGGAGAGAACACCGUCCACCGUGGAACUGUUCUUCCGGAACCGAGCUGGUUACUUGCCAGACCGUUUACACCCUCCAUGUACUUCAUCAGUCUGAUGAGGAUAAUCCUCUCAAGCAUCUUGUUCGUUUUGUCCAGUAGGCCCAUAUGCCGAAGGGCCCCCGGCGGUUUCCCAGUACUCGGCAAUAAGGUCAACCUCUGCCGUUUCCAUCUCUCCGGGAAUAGGCAGUCAUCCAGACCUCUGCAUGAUUACUCGGAACAGCCCGGGGGCCGUAUUUAUCACCAGCCUGAUUGCCAGGUUAGAAAUUCCGUUCGGUUCCGGUGCCUUGCUCACCUUUAGGGAGUUGGCGAUCACAAUGAGUUCCUCUUUUGUAACCCUUAUCUCUCUUUUGAUCCCGAAACAGCUGUCGUCGCUCACGGAUUGGGUGUUCGGCGGUUGGCCGACCAUCUCUGGUCUAUGUCUGAGAUACUGGAAUGUCGGACGUGGGACUCAACUACCGGAGGCCAUACGCUCCAGCAUCUUCUGGUCUUGACCAUUACGAUCCUGUAGGCGUCACUUCCACGGAUACGUAUUGGCACUUGCGCAUAGCCUAUCAGAGCAGGCUCUCUUGCUUGCUUCAAUUGCAAUGUUUCAAUAAAUGACGUUUCCCUUAAAACUUUUGGUAUAAUAACACAGUGCAACAAAAAUUGACUUUUUUUCUGCCUUGGCUUCUAUAUAUAAUUUUUUUGUGUAUUCUUAUGCAAAACUGUAUUUCCCCGAGUUUGAACAUAUUUCAACUUAAGGGGCAGCAAUGGCGCCAUUUUGAAUUUUUGAGAAACCGGUAAUUUUGGUGUUUUUUUCGACGCCAUUUUGUUUUGAGGCCAAAUAUCAAAAUUCUAACAGUUUGUCCACAUAUUAGCAUCUUUUUACCCAUCUUUUGAAAAAAAAAACAGAUCUUAAAUCGGACAAAAACUGAGCUCAAAACGGUGAUUCUACGAAACCGGGUUUGGCAUAGUUUGAGUAUAUUUUUCACAGAGCAAAAUAAUAUCGUUUAUUUUGAGCAUUAAUGGUAAUUCGCUAAUAUCUUAAAGUGGUAGUCAAAUUAUAUCUUAUUUUGAGUAAAAAAGUCUCAGAAAUCGAAUGGUAGGUGUCUGAUCUACGUAAAAUGUCAGCAGAUAAACCUAUUUUAGUAUUGUAGGGGAAUUGGGGCAAAAUCGACAUUUUGCUGACAUUUUACGUAGAUCAGACACCUACCAUUCGAUUUCUGAGACUUAUUUACUCAAAAUAAGAUAUAAUUUGACUACCACUUUAAGAUAUUAGCGAAUUACCAUUAAUACUCAGAAAUAAUCGAUAUUAUUUUGCUUUGUGAAAUAUACUAAAACUAAGCCAAAAACCGGUUUCGUAGAAUCACCGUUUUGAGCUCAGUUUUUGUCCGAUUUAAGAUCUGUUUUUUUCAAAACAUGGGUAAAAGGAUGCUAAUAUGUGGACAAACUCUUAGAAUUUUGAUAUUUGGCCACAAAACAAAAUGGCGUCGAAAAAACCACAAAAACUACCGGUUUCUCAAAAAUUCAAAACGGCGCCAUUGUUGCCCCUUAAGUAGAAAUAUGUUCAAAUUCAGGGAAAUUUAUUUUCGCAUCAAACUUCAUCAAAAAAUCAUACAUAGUACCCAAGGCAAAAAAAUUGUUGCACUGUGUAAUUAGCAUAUCUUUUCAACUGCAAACUAGUGAACAAAACAACUAAAAUAGAGUCACAAGCUCGAUUUUUGUUCGUUAUGUUUAUGUUAGUUUCAUGUUGUAAGUGGCUCCGCUCUUUUUUUCUAGUUAUAUCAUUUUCCAAAUUUUGCAAUACGCAGAGAGAUUUUAUUCUAUUGUAAAACGAACUAAACGAAACAGAAAUCUCAUUUUGUGUUGGCAAACAGAGGAACUGGAUCGAUGGAGCUUUCAGCCACGCAAUAAAGUAACAAGUUGUAUGGUGUUGCGGCCAGGAAAGAAAUUUAUCAAUUUUUUCUCGGUGCUUGGUUGAUGAUCUUGUUGUAGUUGAAGUUGUAACUUAUGGUAGUGUAAGGAAAGAUGUUUUUCUCUGCCUCCCAGCUGUUUUCGAAUUUAUUUAUUUAUUUAUUGAUUUAUUUAUUCAUUUCCAUCCGACUAUAGGGUCUACAUGAAAUAUAAAAUGAUGGGGAAAAGCCAAAAAUUGACAUAAAAACCCCAUAGCUUUCUGAUGCUUGAUUCUAACAACAUACAGAACUUAGGUCUAAAACAUACGAGUCUAAUUAUAAACAGUAAUGCUAUUAGAGGGAAAGUCAUUAUUUGUUCACAACAAAUAAAUCGUAGUCAAGAUAUUAAAAUAUUCAUCAUAAUUAUAGACAUAACAUUCAAAAUUGCUAGAUGAAUAUUUACUGUCAAUACGGCUCUUAAAGCAUUUUACGUCGGAGCACAUUAGCUCUCUCUCCAAAUUCAAAGAGAUGAGAGUAUUCAUUGAAUAUUGCGCUCAUCGAAUGUAGAGUUGAGUUUUGAAGAUACUCAGUUCUUGCUAGUGGACGACGGAGGAAACCGGCUAGAGAUCUCGAACGCCUGGCUUGGUCACUUAUGCUAAGCUUCCAAGCUUUCCAACAAAGAACUGCAAUCAAUCUCAGACGAAAAGAGCUUGGCAGCGAAAACGGCUUUCAAAAACUUCCGUCUUCUUUCGAACGUUGUAAUACACAGCAAUUGGCAGCGAGCUUCAUAUGGAGGUAGAUCAAGUGGGUUGAGCCAUCGUAGAUUGCUGAGGGCGUCAAACAAACUUGUGUAGGAUGCUUUCAAUUCUGCGAAUAUAAAUUGCAUGAUACGGUGACCAAAUGACGGCAGAAGACUCCAAGUGUGACCGUACUAACGCAAAAUAUAGCGAUUGAAGGCAUAGCGGUUCGUCGAACUCCUGGGCGAUUUUAAAAAAGAAUCCGAGUUAUCGAUUCGCUUUAUCUAUUACAAACUGCUGAUGUGGUCGGAAAGAAAGUUCAGAGUCGAGAUAAACACCAAGAUCUUUUACGACUUCUACAGACUCGAACGUAUGGCUAGCGAUCGUGUAAUCAAAGCGGAAGGCUUCGCGGCUCGAUUUAUGAUGAAACGAGAUUGUUAUACGUUUUUCGAUACUAAGGGUCAUUCAAUUGAUAUUACACCUCGCAGCAAAAUGGUCCAUGUAAGACUGUAGAGUGUCACAAUCAGCCAAACUAGUCACUUUGGUAAAGAGUUUAAAGUCAUUCACGUAAACAAGCUUGCAAUUUCCGGUGAAAAGGUGCGUCGCAUCGUUGAAAAAUAAAAUAAACAGGGUUGACCCGAGAUUGCUGCCUUGAGUAGUUGGUAAACUCCUGAGAUAGAGACGAGCCAACUUUUACUUGUAAAGUUCUUUGUUUUAGGUACGACGCCAACCAGCCACAGGGGCGAGCAGGAAAUCCUAGUUGCUUAAACUUCUUGAGAGCUAUAUCGUGGUCGAUUCGAUCAAAAGCAGCCUUCAAAUCGGUGUAAAUUGCAUCUACUUGAUUACGUCUGGAAGUCUGGAUAUCCCGUCAAAACACAGAGAUGUAAACUCCAUGAGAUUUGUGUCAACUGAUCUGCCAAGCAUAAAUCCAUGUUGCCGUGUAGAAAUGCAUCUGCGACAGUUAAAUAUGAUACCAUUGCUAACUAUUAUCUCAAGCACUUUAGAGCCAGCACAAAAAGACGUUAUCCCUCGAUAGUUUUCAACUAACUGCUUCUUACCCUUUUUGAAUACCGGGAACAUCAUCGAUUUUUUCCAUUCAUAGGGAAGCUGAGCUUGCUGCAUCGAAAGGUUUAGAAUUUUCAAGAAAGGGACUUUAAUCUCCUGCAUGCACCUUUUUAUGAAAUUAAGUGGAACACCAUGUGGUCCAGGCGAGAAUGCAGUUUGCGGAUAGCUUUUAAUAACAUAUCUUCGGAAAUUUGGAAUGUGUCCAAAUCGACCACAUCGGUGGGCACAUUGUCGAGGCAUUUAGGAUCAAUUUCUGCGCAGUUAGGAGCGUUAAAGACACUAGCAAAAUGAUCAGCAAACAGUUCACAUUUUUCCGCAUUAGAAGAAGCCAUCACGUUGUCUUUGUAAAUUGUCACAGGCAACCUAUUCUCUUUAUGCUUUAAUCUUACAAACGACCGAAAUUUGGCUGGGUACUGACAAGGGUAGCUGCUGUUGAACAUCGCUUUCGUGGUGGGAUUUCGAUUCCGAGUGUACUUUCGAAGAGUUGCAGCACGGAUUCCCUUCAAGGAUCGAAGUUGAGCAUUACCCCAUAUAGACUUCGGUGGGGGCUGAAAACGCGGAGUAAAUCUAUACAAAGCGGCUCGAACAAUCGAGUUGAACUGAAGUACAGCUUCACCUACAUUGUUGCAACCGAUGACGGGCUCCCAGUCAACAGUUUGGAAGUAAUCACUAAGUGCUGAAUAAUCGGUUUUCUUAAAAUUCAAUGCUGUCGUGUCCACAUCUUCUAUUAGCGGUAAAGGCGAAUUUACGUUCACAUCAGACACCAGAGCAGGAUGGUUUACAUCCAAUCGUACUAGAGGUUCGUCGGCGCUAGCCGAAAGUGUAUGGCUCGCCCCGUCAUUAAUAUACACCAGGUCCAAGUACCGUCUGUUAAUGUUAAUGACUGGGUUCACUUGCAGUAAGUUGCAUCUUGUGGUACCAUCAAGGAGUAUUCUUGAACCGUCGUUUCGUUCCGACCACGACGUGACGUCUUGAAGUAGUGCUCGAAACGUCAACAUACAUAAAACCGUAACGUGAAGGUUUUUAAGCGAUUUUGGGCUGGUUUUAGUCACCAGCUAGUAUGACGAAUUGUCUUUGCACCAACAAUUGGUCGCGAAGUUUGUGUAUAACGAACAGAGAAGCUUAAGUUUCGACAGCAAAGUGUGGCGCCAAGGCUUCGUUUUGCUCUGUAUUUUCAUAAAUAAUCGAAAUUUACUCAACUUUAAUUCAAAACAACUCAAAAACAAAAUAAUUCAGCUUUGGUUUUUUAAUUGGAAAUAUCAACUAGAAUCAUCUAGUAUCAUUGAAUUACUAUUAUUCUUCAAAAUGCUCAAAUCCAAAAAAAACACUAAAACUGGACCUUCAAAAAAUAGUUUUAUUACAAUUUUCUUCAUUGAACUUUAUAUCAAAAGUGGUUUCGUGUUUGUUUUGGUGGAGAUCACAGUAAACCAACCGAACCAUUUUGUUCGAAUCCAUUGUCUUUAGCUGUAUUUAUUUCCCAUAAAAAAUUUAUUCAAAACGGCGCAAUACAAUUUAAUGUUUAACGGAGCCAAUGUUGUAAUUCUCGUUUUCUAAGGUAUUUAUAAACUACGGCAACUAUUUAAUCCUCGCUGCUAACUACGAGCUUUCUUUAAACUGUAUGUUAAUUUUUCUACUGCAGCAAAGCCAACAAAUGCGCAAUUGCGACCUCUUGUGAAGGCUCGCCACAAUACACUUAUGAUGUUUCCCUUUUUCUCCUUCUAAAUUUGAUCGAAUUUCAAAUCCCCGAGCACCUAGUUGAUGAUAUCGAUUCAAUUGGUUGCUACACUGGCAAUCCUAUUAGCGACUGUUCGACAAGCAAUAUGACACUUGCGUUUUGUGAUUAUCGUAAGGUAUGCUUUCGGAUUUUCUCGUUCGUUCUUUUGUUUAUCGAUUUUGUUACUUCAUAUUGUUCCCCAGAGAUAGUCGAACCACGAGAAGAAAAUUAAAGACCAGAAAAAGCGUAAGCUAGGGAAAGGAAAUUAAGAGUUACCAAUAUUGAGAUGCCACUAUCAUACAACGAUAUAUUGAAGAAUUUUAUAUAUUGUGUAACAAAACCCGUAGUAAACUUUGAUAUAAAUAUACCUAUUCCCACGAUAUUGAUUGCAUGUAAGACUUACAAAGUAAAACACUGUUAUGAUUGCUACUUGGUGUUCAAGGUACAUAUUACUUACUAGUCAACGAUCGUACCGGUGAUCGCAAUAUAUUAACGGCCAAAACAAACAAUAGUGGAAGCAGCCGAAUAAAAAAAUGCACACCAUGCAAUCAUUUCACAUAUAGAGAAGCUAAUGCUGUUAACCAAAGCUCGUGAUUUUUAACACUAUUCGUAAUCGAAAGUUAAUAAAUACUUUUUUCAUAGCUUUUGCCUAUUAUAACAGUAAGGAUGCAUCAUGAUUAUAUUACCCUAGAUAAAUCUUCCAGUUCAGUCUUGUUCUAUUACGAUUAGAGCAAUCUCUAGUGACAUUUUAGCAAAUCAAAAUCAACUGCGCAUGGUUAAUUACUUUCGCAUCUAAGUAGAGUGACGAGAUUCUGUAGACAGACAUAGCAUCAUUUUUCCUACUAAUCCAUCAACACGUAUAAGCGAAUAAAAAAAACAUCGUACCAUAGAUUUCAUUCUAGUUUAAUCUCUUAUUGCAGAGUUAAAGCAACUACUUGUAUUAGUCCGUAUUCAAAUAUAAUUGUGAACUUUUAAAAUAAACAAAAACUAAUCCGUAAGUGAAGACAAAAACGAUAUUAAGUGUAUAUUUUUCAGUGUAACUUUGACAUUUAUGAUUAUUCCUAUCGAAAUAUUAAAUCGAAAUAUAUCAAACAAACUAGAGAAUGGAGGAAGACUAUCAACAAUGGUUACCGGCUAGUCGUACAAUUUCCAAAUAUAUAGUUUGUAGAGGAUAUCAACGUCAACAAAGUUAUGAUUAUUGGUGUGAAAAAAUUCAUCUGUCAAAUCGCCUGACAACCAAUUGCUGGCUAAAAAAAAAUAUUAGCUCUAUGCCGUUUGCGUUCUUCAAUAAGUAAUAACUGUUGAUUCAAUUUUAAACAAGUGUGUAGUUCGAAUAUAAGUUUUGUUGUAAAACUUCUUCCACUUCAUUCAAAAUUACUAAAACAUAAGUUGUACCAGAUGUAGCUGAUUAGAUCAAAGUUCAGAAAUAUAUAAUAGGAACAACAAAGAAUGUUAUAAACACCAACAUACGAGACAAGAUUGAACCAUUAUAGGGAUAAACAUUUACACAGCACACUUACUAAAAACUAUUAUGAAAUGUCGCAAAUAUUUACAGAACACAAUCCAGUUAAGAAACCAAGCAAUGAAAAGAAAAAUAUUGGUUCCUCGCCACUAACAAGAGCGAUCGCGAACGCUUUUGAUUUAUUUGAUUUAAAUAUUUCUGAAAAAAAAGCCAGUCCAUCGGCAUCUCUGCGACCUAGCGUGAGAACGUGAAGGUAGGUAAAUUUAGUAAUCAAGAAUGCCAAAAAAUACGAGUAGUUAAAAGUGGAGAGUAAACAAAAAACAGCGACGAUCCGCUGGGUAUCGAUCGAUUGACAACUGAAUUGAAGCGAAAAAUCUCAUACGUUUUUGAGGUUACGAACAGCGUCAUGCUGUGUUUUGUAAAUCUUACAAUCGAUGUCUUUAAUGUUGUUUUAGACCUGAGUCACCCGAAUAUUACUCAAUGAACGUUUCUUCUGGCGGUUUGAAUUUUAUGAAACGUUUUAAAUUAUGAAGUUGUGAACCAUAAUUUUCAAAUCAGUUGUCCUUUAUCGGUACUCGUAUUGCACCAAACCCAACGAGAGUUAGAACAAAGCCAAAUAAUCGUGUAAGUCAUACAAUUCUUAUAUGCGAUAGAAAGUAAAAUGCGUACGAUAUAAUUUGCUAUCGAAUAAAUCAGCAACAAGAAUAAGUCAGAUACAGACUGAUAUCGCUCAAUACCACAUACAUAUAUAACCGCUAGUUCUGAAAAGUAGGCCUGGUUCGUGAAGGGAUAGCGUGGAAAACAAAAAACUACACAUAUAUAGUCACAAAAUGAUAAACACAAAUCAAUAUAGACAGAAAAAAAGAGUUAUUACUAAUAUAUAGAAUAUAUUAAAAAUGAUUCCUGCCAAAUGUGAUAAAGAAAAUCAUUAGUAAAAAUUUUAACACGCAAUGAAAGGGUAAACCCUUGGAUUGAGAAUCAUGCGUAAUGAGAUUGACAAACAUACAUACAAAUGCACUAAUUCGUAAGACUUUUCUACGAGCGUUUUAUAAGAAGGAUUGCAAAAUCUACAAACAUGAAAACAAGUUAUCUAUAACUGAAAUUUGACGUGGUACUAAUAGCUGUCACAGCGAAUAAGCAAAAAAAGGAGGAAAGGAUGAACCUUAACCAUUUUAACUGAACUGAAAGAAAUGAAAGUCGACGCUUUUAGAAAGAUAAGCAGAAUGUGAGGAUCGAUUAAAUCGAUUUAAUGAGGUGAGGAUAUAUCGAAUCAACCCUGGAGAGACGAAUAACGUUAAAACUAAUAUAAAUCAAACCGACGAGACAAAAGUGAAACCCAAAAGCAAUGGCAUAAGUAGACAAAGAAAUACAUUUCACUAUUACAUACUACCGAUUAUACUACAAAAUGGGCCAACGUAACGAAGACAAACACAGUAGGAAUAACCGCUCGCUUACGGAAGAAGUUUACUGUAAAAAACAAGGAACGAGUUAGCGGUAAGGGAAUAUGUCACGAAAUAGUAAACGCUUACAGAACGAGGAGAAGGUGGAAAAAAUGCAUACCUCGUGCAUGAUGUUAUACGUUCAGAAAUAUCUAAUUUGAAAUAAAUUUAAGGUCGAUGGGUUGAUAUUUUAAUUAUCAUUGGAAGGUUAUAAUUUUGUGUAUUGAUCGUAAAUAUUGUCCUCAACAAAAAAUAUAACAUCUAUUCAAAAGUUUUUCACGUCCCAAUGCCGAUACAAUCGGGAGCGAAUCGUUAAGGAAAAAAUAUGUGCUUGUAUGUACCUGAAACAGAGUACAAAACACAGUAAUAAAAUCGUUGCACUGUUUUCCGACUAAUUUCAAAGUUUCCAAUUGUAUCGAAUCGGUCGAUGAUCCUAUUAAAAUGAAAAUCGUUUCGGAGAGCUUAAAUUCAUAUAGUUCAGCAUUAGCUUAGUACAGUACAGUUUUUGGAUAAUGAACACGAUAUAAUAACACCUGGACACAAAUUUCAUUUUUGCAUCACAUAUCCGACAAAAUUUACGAGCAAUAUUUAGAAAAUUUCUCUACGUAUUGUGUUUCUAGAAUAACAACCUCCUUUUUUAAUUCGUAGGCUUCGUUAAUAAUUUGCUUGAAAAUAUUAAUUGAACAGUUGAUUGCAUCAACCAUAAUUGAUAUAAGUUGCAAAAACGUAACACUAUGUUAAUUGUUGUUCAGCUAACAAAUGGUGCUGAUCCGAAUCAAGUCUAAAUGAGAGCAGCUUCACUUCGCUCGUAAGUAACGUAAACACGAGAAUAAAUAAAUGAGAUGAAACAAAACGUAAAAAACACUUAACGAAUCAAUUUAAUAACCAGCGAAUUUCUACAUGUUUUAUUGUGUUUCUGUGAACAGUAAACUUAUAAAUCGAUAUAUUUUAUUGCAUUGAUAUCCGGAUUAUGAUUAUAUUGAUACACAUUCCUACUGUAAUAAAAACUGAAAGGAAGAAUAAAACACCAUGAAAACUUAAAAA